AUGGAUGAUAAAGAAAUUUCAGAUAUAGAUGAAGAAUUAUUAAUGUGUGCUGCUGAAAGAAAAAAGAGAAAAUUUAUUGAAACUAUUAUGUGUAGCGAAAAUUUAAAAAAUAAAGCUUUUGAUAAAUUUAGAUAUAAGAAGGUAAUUUAUGUUUCUCCGUAUCAUUUAAAAUCAAAUGGAAAUGUUGAGAGAAGUAUUAGAACGAUUGAAGAAUCUUUUUCUAAGAGGUUAAUUAAUAAAGCAGAUAGAAAAGAAGCAAAAUAA